AUGGAGUUGGUGGGCUAUCCUUUCACUUCUGAGAAAAGGAGGGGUACGGAGGCAUGGAUUGAAGUCCGUUUGAAUAGAGCUCUCGUCACGCAUGGUUGGAAUGAUCUUUUUCCGGAUGCAAGGUUACAAAAUUUAGAAAUUUCUGCUUCUGAUCAUUGUCCUAUUUUGUUGAAUCUUAAUUUAUUUAGAAAAGUGGUUAGUUUAAAGAAAUUUCGGUUUGAAAAUGCUUGGGUGCGUGAGCCUAUGUGUCACCAAAUUGUGCAUGAUAAUUGGGAUGUUCAUGAGUCGAAUUCUUUGAGCUCAAAAAUCAAAUGUUGUAGCACUGCUUUAGCCGAAUGGGGGAAGGAUAUCACUGGGCACAAAACCCAACACAAGGAGGCUCAAAAUCGUUUGUUCGAAGUCCUCGCCCAAAAGGAGGUCUUCUGGAAGCAGAGAUCCAAACAAAUGUGGCUGCAAUCUGGUGACCAAAACACUAAGUACUUUCAUGCUUGUGCGAGUACUAGGCAUAAAAACAAUCAGAUUUUGUCUCUUAAAAAUAAAAGUGGGAUUUGGGUGGAUUGGGAAAAUGGCUUACCGGGUGUCAUUGAAGAUUAUUUUAGAGAGUUGUCCACAGCUUCAGAGAUUGAUUGGGGUAGGGUCACGGCUUGUGUGCAUAAUCGGGUGUCGACUGCUAUGAAUGAGUCUCUUACUAUUUCGGUUGACGCUGAGGAGGUUCGGAAAUCACUCUUUCAAAUGCAUCCUGAUAAAUCUCCUGGUCCUGAUGGCUUUAAUCCUUGGUUUUAUCAGAAGUUUUGGGAUAUCAUUGUUUCUAAGGUGCUAGCCAAUCAGUUGAAAAUUGUUCUUCCUAGUGUUAUUUCUGAAACUCAAAGCACCUUCUUACCUGGAAGACUGAUAAUUGAUAAUAUCUUAAUCUCUUUCGAGGUGAUGCAUUAUUUGAAAAAGAAGCAAAUGGGGAGGGAGGGUGUGUUAGUUCUGUCUCCUAUACAAUCCCAUCGGGGGGGGGGUCAUAAAAUUGGGUUUAUAAUUCCUACAAGAGGUCUUCGACAGGGUGAUCCCCUUUCACCCGAUCUUUUCCUUCUAUGUGCAGAAAGAUUCUCGAGUUUGAUAAGAGACUAUGAACGGUUGGGGAAGAUUCGAGCCUCCGAGGAUAGUGCUAUUAAAAUGAUAGAAAUGUUAAAUAUCUUUCAAAAGGCCUCAGGACAACAAGUCAAUCUACAGAAGUCCUCUAUAUUUUUCAGCGCUAAUAUUGUCAAUGAGGUGAGGCAACAUCUGUGUUCUAUGUUGGGAGUGAAUGAGGCAGGUGAUGAUAGCGCAUAUUUGAGUUUGUCAAAUAUUGUGAGUCGUAAUAAAAUGGCCUUACUUGGGUUCUUGGAGGAUAAAAUGCGUAAAAGGAUUCAAGGUUGGGAAGGAAGAUUGCUUUCUAAAGCAGGGAAGGAGUUGCUAAUAAAAACUGUGGCUCAAUCUCUUCCUAGUUAUGAAAUGAAUGUGUUUUUGCUACCUGUGGAAACUUGCAAUGAGAUGGAGCAAUUGAUGUGUAAGUUUUGGUGGCGAUCGUCGAAGAACAACAAAGGAAUCCAUUGGAAAAAGUGGGAUAGAUUGACAGUACAUAAGUCUAAAGGUGGUAUGGGAUUUGGCAACUUGCAUGACUUUAACUUGAGUUUGCUUUGUAAACAAGGAUGGAGAUUGUUUAGUCGUCUGGACUCACUUGUCAGCAAGAUUUUUAAAGCUAGGUACUACCGUAAUGGUACCUUCUUAAAUGCUGAGUUGGGAAGCAAUCCAAGUUUCGUGUGGCGAAGUAUUUAUGAAACUCAAGAGAUCGUUCGAAAAGGGGCGAGAUGCAGAGUUGGUGAUGGUUCUCGAAUUAAUAUAGUGUUGGAUCUAUGGCUGCCGAAUGAAGAUAAUCCAAGAGUAACUUCGAAUAAUCCUGCAUUUUAUUGA